UCUUAGCAGGGGCAGAGGGAGGGGGUGGGAUGUGACCAGGCACUACCUAGCCUUAGCAGACCUUGGUAUAUUACUUCGUUCGUGUUCCCAGCCUCAGGACCCUGCCUUCCCUUUCUUCUCCCUCCAUCUCAUCUCCCUCGUGAAGAUUCGUUGUGUGUUAGGCGCGUUGCCUUUUACAAUCCUUUCUCUGUUCAAUCUUUCCGUGCUCUGCCGGCUCAGCCCUCCAUUCAUUCAACCUCAAAACAUUCUUUGUUUGGUCCAUUCAUUAUAGUGGCGAGCCACUUUCCCUGACAAGUCCUCCAGACUCUGAAUUCAUAUCCAGCCAUCUUUUGCCAUUACAUAGUUUGGCCUUUUCUGUCAGGACAUUUUCCAUUCCUCAGCGCUGCUCCGGUAUCAGCUUUUACACGAGAACAACCCAACCCUUCCAUUCUUUGGAGACCAUUGCUUAACAUCUGCCUCUUCGGCACAUUCUUCCAACAAGGUCUUCCUUAAACGCAAACACCAACAAACACUAACCACAAGACGUGGAGAAAGAAAAAAAAUGAGAUUCACUACCGCUACUGCAUUGGCCACCUUGGCUACCCUGUCUUCGGCUGCCAAAAGCGGGCGUACUUUUGCUGUUCUUCGAUUCGAUGGCGAUGGCUUCUUGACCGAGGGACCCAUGGAUCCCGUCGUCAGCCCCGGUAUUCAGUCCAGCCACUACCACAGCAUUAUGGGAGGAAGCAACUUUGGUGCCACUGUCGAGGGAAACCAGCUGUUGGACUCUGAUUGCACUACUGCUAAGAUCAAGAACGAUAAGAGCAACUACUGGGUUCCUGCCCUCUUCUUCCAGGACCCCAAAAACGGUACCUUCCAAAAGGUUCCUCUAUUCUACAUGAACGUGUACUACUUUUUUGAGGCAACCGAUGACGAGAUCGUGGCUUUCCCCCCUGGUCUGAAGAUGUUGGUCGGUGACGCGAACACGAGAGCGGCCCCCAAGUCUGGUGGCGCCCUGAAUCUUGAUCCCGAUAAUGGCGUGCCCAUCAACCCUGUGCAAUGGACGUGCCCCAGGUCAAGCUACAACCCCGCUUCAUACCCCGUCAACUCGGACGGAUCUACUGCUGGCAUGGUUGAUCCUAACAACAAGGGCUCUGGUGCCGGUUUCCCUCUGUACCCUUGCGAUGGCUACGCCUCGCCUCUCCGUCAAGAUAUUCACUUCCCCUCGUGCUACAACGAAACCGCCGGUUUGGAUAACCACAAGGGAAACAUGCUGUGGCCUCACAAUGAGGGUUUCAAGCAGAACUGCCCUGCUGGUACCAAACACGUCCCCCACAUGUUCAUCGAGGUCUACUGGAACACUCCUCUCUUCGAUGACCUCUGGACCCCUGAUGGAAAGAACCAGCCUUUCGUUCUCUCCAACGGUGAUGCUACAGGCUACAGUUCUCACGCUGACUUCAUUGCUGGAUGGGAGACGAACACUCUGCAAACCAUCAUCGACACUUGCGAUGCCGGUGACGCUGGUAUGGACCAGUGCCCUCAGAUCCCCGGUGGUCUUAACGACAACAAGAACUGCAAGAUCAAGCCCAACUUCGGUAACAUCUUGAACGCUGGCCAAGUCCUCACCGAUCUUCCUGUAGUUGGUAAAGUCGUUACUGGUUGGGGUAAGGGAGGCGUCAGCGGUGGCUCUGUCGAUCCCCCUACUGCCUCUAAGGCUUCAUCCUCUCAAGCCGCCGACGCUACCCCUGUAUCCUCUAGCCCUGCCGAGACUGAGGCUGCUAGCACUGCCACUUACAAGGAACACGAGGCUUCGUCUACUGUUGAGGCCGAAGCUACGAAGAGUGCUCCUGGCGGCGCUUUCAUCGAGUCUUCAAGCACCUCAGUGGCUGCCGUUGAAACCCCCGCUACCACGCCCGCCGCUACGCCCGCCGCUGACACCGACACACCCGGCAGCUACCCCGAAAUCAAGACCAUCUGGGAUAUCGUCACCGUCACACUGACCACCACUGUUCCCGCGCCCGAGCCUACACAGGGCUUACACCGACGUGCGCCCAAGCACUCGCACGGUCACGCUGCCCGACAUCUCGGCAGCUUCGCCGCUCGCCGCUAAGUCUAGGAGGAUUAUUUCUUCCAGCUUUACUUUGUGAGAAAUAUUCUCUCAUCUUCGUGUAUACAAAGGGUUUAUAGGGAAAGGGAAAUAGCAAAGUUUUUCCCUAGGUUUUUUCAUUUUCAAAGACGGCGCACAAAUUUUACGAAGGCUUACGAAACAGAUACACCUGCAACAAGAUAAAAGUGUGCAUACGUUAGCGAAAGGGGAAAUUUGCUUGAGGUAUUCUUAACCACUUGGAAUUUUUUGCGGGGUUUUGCGUUGUGAAAGUGGAUUGAUUGAUUAGUUGAGCGUUUGGGUAUAGCAAGGAGAGAAGGCAGGGUAGGGCAGGGAGGCAAGUGAUUGUCUUCGAUUCGCUUCGUUUGUAUAUUCUUUGAUUCGAUCUAUGGGCUCUGAAUACAAGGCCUAUGUUCAUGGUAU